AUGUCUAACGUUCAAUAUGUCAAUUCUAAGGCUGAAGUCUUAAAGAAGUUCUAGGCUCUUGCCAUGAAUAUCCAUGCCGCUGUCGGCUUACAAGAAGUCAUGAGAUCUAACCUUGGUCCUAAGGGUACUCUCAAGAUGCUUGUUGGUGGUGCUGGUUAAAUCAAGCUUACCAAGGACGGUUCAGUCUUAUUACAUGAAAUGUAAAUUCAACACCCCACUGCUGCCAUGAUUGCUCGUUCUGCCACUGCUCAAGAUGAUAUUGUCGGUGAUGGUACCACCUCUAACGUCCUCUUCAUUGGUGAAAUGAUGAAAUAAGCUCAAAGAUUAAUUCAAGAUGGUAUCCACCCCAGAACUAUUACUGAUGGUUACGAAGCUGCCAAGCACGAAUCUCUUAAGUUCUUAGACGAAUUCAAGUAAAACCUCACUGAAUCAUAAAUCGACAAGGCUUUCCUUCUUUCUGUCGCUAGAACUUCUUUGAACACUAAGCUCCACCCUGAUAUUGCUAACUAAUUGGUUGAAAUAGUCGUUGACUCCGUUCUUUGCAUCAAGCAAUAAGAUAAACCUAUUGAUUUACAUAUGGUUGAAAUUAUGCACAUGGUUCACAAGCUCUCUACUGAUACUAGAUUAGUUAAGGGUUUAGUUUUAGAUCAUGGUGCUCGUCAUGCUGAUAUGCCCAAGAAACUUAAGAACUGUUACAUUCUUAAUUGCAACGUUUCUUUAGAAUACGAAAAGACUGAAGUCCACUCUGGUUUCUUCUAUUCCAACGCUGCUGACAGAGAAAAGUUGAUGCUUUCUGAACGUAAAUUCACUGAUGAAAGAUGCCAAAAGAUUAUUGACCUCAAGAGAAAGGUUUGCGAAGACCCCUCUAAGUCCUUUGUUGUUCUCAACUAAAAGGGUAUUGACCCCAUUUGCCUUGAUAUGUUUGCUAAGGAAAAUAUCAUCGCUUUGAGAAGAACAAAGAGAAGAAACAUGGAAAGAAUCAUUCUUGCUUGUGGUGGUAACGGUGUUAACUCCGUUGAAGAUUUAUCUGAAGCUGAUCUUGGUUGGGCUGAUGAAGUUUAUGAACACACUUUGGGUGAAGAAAAGUACACUUUCAUUGAAGGUGUCAAGAAUCCCAAGUCAUGCACCAUUCUUAUCAAGGGACCUAACGAGCACACUAUUGCUCAAAUUAAGGAAGCUAUCAGAGAUGGUUUAAGAGCUGUUAAAAACGUUUUUGAUGACAAGUGCGUUAUCCCUGGUGCUGGUGCUUUUGAAAUUGGUGCUUACUGCCAUUUACAAAAGUUCAAGGAUUCCGUUAAGGGUAAGGCUAAAUUAGGUGUUGAAGCCUUUGCUGAAUCUUUACUCAUCAUCCCCAAGAUUUUAGCUGAAAACUGCGGUUAUGAUGUUUAAGAUACAAUCCUUGAAGUUAUCGAUGAAUAUAAAGCCAAGUAAGUUCCUGUUGGUAUCAACUGCAACGAAAAGGGUACUAUUUCUCCUGUUGCUUCUGCUAUUUAUGAUAACUAUAUUGCCAAGAAGCAAUUCUUACAUAUGGCUCCUACUCUUGCCCAAUAACUCCUUCUUGUUGACGAAAUCAUGAGAGCUGGUAAAUAGAUGGGUGGUGGUAAUUGA